CAUCAAAUCUCUCUCAACUCACCUCUCUCUCUCUCAUCAAAUCUCUCUCAAACGACCUCUCUCUCUCUCAUCAGAAAAUGAGGACGAUUUUAUUACAUUAGGAAGACUGAUUGGCAUUGAGUACGUCUCUUCCUUGCAAUCACAGAUGGUGACUUCUCUCUCACUUUCUCUUAAUUUCUUUAUGUAUUGUACAGAACUCAAAAAUUACAGAACACAAACAGUGACUUCUCUCUCACUUUCUCUUAAUUUCUUAAUGUAUUGCAUUCUAUCUUGUAAUAAUAGAAGAAAACUAUUUGCCAGCUCUGCAAAUACCCAUCUCUCUCUCAAUUUACAGCAUCCAGUCAGCUCUGCAAAUACCCGUCUCUCUCUGUGCCAGGUUUAAAGGUUCCUUGCUAAAGGCCUCUCUCUCUCUAGACUCUCUAGAAAACCAAACCAACCACUCCCUCUUCUUACCCAAAACCAUACCCCUGUCUCUGUCUCAAACUGGCCAGAACCCAAUCACCAUCUCCUACAAUUCACAGCCAUGUCCUCUUUCUUCUGGCUCUUUAUCCUUUCUCUUCUCUCUCUACAAUCCACUGAAGCCCAGCAAAUCUACGUCAACAACAGCCAAUUAGCCUGCAACACUGACCUUUCCUACAACCUUGGCUAUAGUUGCAAUGGUAUCAGCUCCUCCUGCAAAACCUUCCUCUUCUUUCGCUCUCAACCCACCUUCAAUUCCCCUAUCUCCAUCGCCUAUCUCCUGAACUCUGAUGCGCAAGAAAUUGCAGUUAUCAAUGGCUUAACCGACACAUCAACUAUCCCCACAGAUUCACUGGUUAUAGUUCCUGUAAAUUGCUCAUGCUCUGGUUCUUUUUACCAGCAUAACGCCUCUUACAUCAUCAAAGAGGGUGAUAUCUAUUUGACCAUAGCGAAUAACACAUAUGAGGGCUUAACAACCUGUGACGCUCUGAUAAAACAAAACCCAAAUUACGAUAGCAGAAAUUUGAGUGUUAAUUUGAGGGUAUCAGUCCCUCUUAGAUGUGCUUGCCCAACUAGAAACCAGAGCAGCAAUGGAGUCAAUUACUUGGUUACCUAUAUUGUUACUCGGAAUGAUGAUGUUCCUUUAAUCAGUGAGAGAUUCGGGGUAGAUCAGGGUAGCGUUGUUUAUGCGAACGAGUUAUCGGGUGAUAUGGUAAUCUAUCCCUUCACUCCAUUGUUAAUUCCUUUAGAGAGAGAACCAACUGCAGCUCUAACGAGAAGUCCGCCUCCUCCUCCUCCUUCAUCUCCUCCAUCAAGCUCUCCACCACCUGGUACAAAAACCAGAUCUAAGAAGUGGGUCUUUGUUGGGAUUGGAAUAGGAGCUGGAAUUCUUGUUCUUUUGCUUUGCGGCCUUCUGGUUUGGUUCCUGGCUCGACGAAAAAGAACCCCAAUGGAUAAAAAAACUGAAAAUUUGGAUAAAAAUGAUCAUACCUCACUUCCUGUCAAGAAAGUGGCAUCUGAUAAUUACACCAAAUCUGAUUUUUCGGAGGGUCUUUAUUCUGCAGUCCAUUCAGUUACAGUGUAUAAGUUUGAGGAUUUGCAGAAGGCUACCAAUGAUUUUAGCUCAGAUUAUAGAGUUAAGGGAUCGGUUUAUAGGGCCACUAUAAAGGGGGAUAUGGCUGCUAUAAAGAGGAUGAGUGGGGACGCUUCAUCUGAAAUCAGCAUAUUGAAGACGAUAAAUCACUCGAACAUUGUAAGAUUGUCUGGAUUUUGUGUACAUCAAGGGAAUACAUACUUGGUUUAUGAAUUUGCAGAGAAUGGUUCUCUCAGUGAUUGGGUUCAUAGAGAAAGAAAGCAUGGGAGAGAGAGGUUCUCUGGUCUGGCUUGGAAGCAAAGGGUGCAGAUUGCUCAUGAUAUAGCAAAUGGACUCCAUUAUCUUCACAAUUACGCGAGUCCUGGUUACGUUCAUAAAGAUAUCAAGAGCAGUAAUGUUGUUUUGGAUGGUGAGUUCAGGGCGAAGAUUGCUAAUUUUGGCUUAGCAAGAACUGUAGAAAACCAGAGAGAUGCAGGGUUGGUUGUAACCAGGCAUGUUUCGGGUACUCAGGGAUACCUAGCACCAGAGUAUCUUGAACAUGGCCUUAUUACUCCAAAGCUUGAUGUUUAUGCAUUUGGGGUGGUGAUGCUUGAGCUUCUCACUGGUCAGGAAGCUGUAAUUUUGGAGAAGGAUGGAGAAAGAGAAAAAGAUGUGCUUUUGUCAACAGUCGUGGUGCCAUUGCUAGAGAGAGAAGAUGCCAGAGAGAAGUUUAGGAGCCUGAUGGAUCCUAGUUUGGGAGAGGAUUACCCCUUAGAUUUGGCACUCACCAUGGCUCAGCUGGUUAAGACCUGCCUGUCACAAGAUUUGGGUUCUCGACCUGAUAUUUCUGAUGUCUUAUUGUCUCUCUCUAGGAUUCUUUCUUCUUCUUUGGAUUGGGAUUCAUCUGAUGUUACAAACUCUAGUUCUGGUAUUUAUGCCAGGUAGAGAACCGGUUAGAUGUUGAGAAAUUUGGGUUUCUCUGUAGUUUUGUUACCCGUUACAAUGUAUUGUCAUGGAUUCAUAUAAAAGCAGAUAUCUUAGUGCUAA